AUGGCCAUUACUCGACAUGCUCAGAUGAACAGUGCACGGGUUCUUCGCUCGAGACGCGUUACCGUCACGCCAGUUAAUCCAUGGUCUCGUCCUGGCCGCAGGUCCUUCCACCGCCCGUCGACAAUUCCGCGGCGUUCGAUCAGCAAGCGUAACCCAGAUCCCUCCGAUGGGCUCAAAGAAAUUUUUGUCUCCACCUUCCCAGAGUCAAGUGCUGGAGACAUCUUUCCGGAGCGGCUCAGCCCCAGUGUUGGGGCAGACGACGGCGACAUUCAUGUCUCACCCAUGUCCAACGGCAAGCCGAGUCUCCCUGCUCCUAAUUUGGGAAGCCUGCCGUCGGCGGCGGUCCGUCCGCUUGCCCAUGUGACGUCGUUCGAGGAUGCGAUAUUGACCACUGAAAAUGACUCUCUUCUCGAUCCGGCGACGGUUAUGCCAGGGUGUCUUUCAGGGGUAUUCCGGAAGAUAUCGGCCUUCCUCCCGACGGACUCUGGGACUAUGAUGCAGCCUAUGAGCAGAGAUAUUGUUACAUACAUGGCGAAUUCGAGUAUCUACUUACAACUCCUGACCGAUGGAUAUCUUCGAAAGAUUUGA